GUGGAGAGGGAGGAGGAACCUGUGUGUCUGGUUUGUUUUUACCUCAUGACAUCCUGAUCUUUCUGAUUUGACUCAUAAUACUUUUCGGAGAAGGGAGCAUCAGUGACACGACGCCCAACCCAGAGCUCAGGCACAAAAGACCUAAUCAUGGCCAAUACAAUUGUGAUCGAGCAACCUCAGUCAAUCCCUGUAACUCUGAGCUCUCAGGAAUGGAGCACUGACUUGUUUGACUGUUUCAAAGAUAUUCCGACUUGUUGUUUUGCCUACUGGUGCUUGCCCUGCUUUGCAUGCAGGACAUCCAAAGAGUUUGGAGAGCAUGAAUGUCUCCCCCUGCUGGACAUGUUUGGUGGUUCUGCAAUCACCAUGUCCAUGAGGCUCUCUGUACGACAACGUUAUGGCAUCAAUGGCACCCUCCAAUCGGACUGGUUGUACUCCAUGUUCUGCUGCAGCUGUGUCUGGUGUCAGAUGUCUCGGGAGAUAAAACUGAGGAACCCUCAAACAUACAUCAUCACAAACAAAGGCGUAUGAAUUUAAAGUCACCAUCUGGGGAAAGAAAUGUUUUGGUUCUUGGAAUGCCGCAGAAAUUCUUUGACCUAAGAAAGUUUAUCUUUUGUAAAUAUUCUGUAGAAACCAUAUCUAGACAUGUAAUCCAUAAUAUCCUGAUUCAGGUUGUAUCAAUAAAGGGAAAUAAAUCUGAAUA